CCUGCUUCCUCCACUCCUCCCACAGAGCAACACCUAACUUCCGGCUGCUCCUCCUCACUCAGCCUGUCUCUCCUUCAGCCUCAAGCGAGCUCGCUCCUCACGUGAAACCGGAUCGGUCAUAUCAGCGUGGCCCGUCUAAACAACGUCUAAACGGGACUUCGGUGUCUGGAUUAGAACCCCCGCGGUGUGCGUCCGUUUGGCAUCGCGGCUCCGCCCGGCGUGCGGUGCAGCGCGGAGUGAUUGCACACAUCUGAGAGUUUUAUAUUGGACUGUCCCCCUGAGCGGCGGGAGAGGACUGGUCUUGUCCCAGCGCCAGACAAAAAGGACGUGGGGACUUCAUCAAAGAGAAGAGAGGGGACAAACAGCAGCGGACAUGGUGGACUGUCUCGUGACUCUCGUCGUUGCUCUUUCACUUGUCGGCGGGUGCUCGGCCCGAGUGGUGACGGUGUCUCCAGGGCCGUUAAUAAGGGUGGAAGGUCAACCGGUCUCCAUCAGGUGCAACGUCACAGAUUAUGGAGGUCCUCGUGAGCAGGAUUUCGAAUGGGAGAUGUCCAGGGAUGCGACCGGAGCCAAGACUAAAAUCAUCUCCACCUUUGAUGUCACGUUCUCCAGCCCGUCACUCAGCAGUCGCAUUGCGUCGGGCGACAUCUCGGUGGUGCGGCUGAAGGACAACGAGGUGGAGCUGAAGAUUGCAGAGCUGAAGUCUCAGGACGCCGGUUUCUACUUCUGUCAAACGCCAAGCACGGACGUGGUCAUCAGCGGGAACUAUGUGGCUCAGGUUCAGCUCACAGUCAUUCCCAACACCCUCAAAGUUUCCCCUGCUACGCCACCCAAAGUCAUCCCAGAAGGAAGUGACCUCACGCUCUCCUGCAACGUGACCCGGGAGUUCAGCUACCCCACCUACCUGUCCGUCAUCUGGUCAGUGAAGAAGGGCACGACUUCAGAGGAUAUUUUGGUGUUUGGACCUCAGGGGGAUGUCAACACAGGUUCCACGUACACGUACCGGUUCUCGGACGGAGGCAUCCGAUUGGUUCCUGGCAGGAACGGAGUGUUUGAUCUUGUGAUUACCAGAGUGACAACGUCAGAUGAUGGGAUUUAUCAAUGCGCUGGAGCAGAGUGGACGCAUGAAAAAGGAGGGAAGUGGACUAAAAUCGUGGAGAGCAAAAAAGAGAUGGGGGCGGUUUCUGUCACUCCUUCAGGCAAUACCCUGAACGUGAAGGCUUCAUCCUACUCCUCUCCCUCAUCCACCUCCCUUCUCCUGUCUCCUGGAGACUCGUUGACCCUGUUUUGCAACGUUUCCGUUGACAACAUGGCCGCCCUCGCCUUGGAAGUGACCUGGCUGGCCGACAGCCGCGAGAUCAUCACCAUGGAGCGCAGCGGCGUGGUGAUCUCCAACAUGACAUCGAGCGGCACGCUGGGGAGCCACAGGGAAGCGAACCUGGAGAAGACCGGAGUGGGGGAGUACAGGCUGGGGGUGAAGGGUCUCACCGGAGAGGACGGAGGGCUUUACAGAUGCCGGGUCCGGGCCUUCGUCAAGAAAGAAGGGCUUAGCGCGGGAGGAGGAGGGAGGUGGCAGAUGACAGCGGAGAAGUCGUCCACCCCUGUGACGGUGAAGGUCUCGGAGAUCAAGCCAAACUUCACGCUGAGCCUUAAAGCCACGCAGAAGCCCAGCAGGGCGUCUGAGCCCACAGAGCUGGUCUGUAAUGUGACCGACAUCACCCGGCUUCCUCCAGGAGGCAGACUGGCUGUCAGCUGGGAGCACGUCGGCCUUCCUGGGAACGAUGGCCCACAUCAGAUUGGCUACUUGGAUGGAAACGGCAACGUGUUCCCAGGAAAAGACUACGACGACAAGCUGAAGAAGGGACUGAUGUCUCUGAGCAGAAGCCAACCAAACACCUUCAAACUGCGAUUCCUCAGCACUCAGAUUUCUGACAUGGGCCAGUACGCGUGCGUCGUCUCCUCUUGGAGUGUGAGCAGCCAGGGCGACCUGGUCAAGACCUCCGAGUACAGAAGCUCACCUCUGACUGUGGAGUGGGACACCAAAACUCCCGCUCUGAAUGUCGCUGCCAAGCGCAUCCGUGAAGCCUCGGUGGGUGGAGCUACCUUUGAAAUGAGCUGCACCGUUACCACAGAGAACCUCGCGGGUUGGACGAGCUACGCGGUGACCGUCGAAUCGCAGGAUGACCUGAAGAGCAACGUGAGAACAGUCAUGUCUCUAAGCCCAGACAACGAGGUGCAGUACGGAGAGACGGACCCCAACAGGAGAGACAGCGUGGUUCUGACCAAGUCCGGCCCGGCAGAGUUCCGGUUUCGUCUGGCCGGUGUCCAGCUCUCCGAUAGAGGUUUCUACUGGUGCAACGUCACCGCUUUCACCAAACAGCAGCUAGAACAGACCUGGACGAGAGCCGCCCAGUCCCAAUCCAACACGGUCAAGAUCGACUUCCAAGAAAACGGCCCGUCCUUCGCCAUCGCCAUCCGCUCGGACGCCAGCAGCGUUUAUCCGUGGGAAACGGCCAAGAUCGAGUGUUCGCUCAGCAUCUCUGGAUCCUCACCAAAAACUGAUGACCUGUCCUACGAGGUGAGCUGGUUCUUCACCAGGCUGCGGGGAGGACAGUUGAACGCUCGAGUCGCCACCCUGGAUCGCUUUGGCGUCGUGAGAAAAGUCCACCGGAACUCUUCCAGUGACGUUUCGAUUGAGCGCAAAGACACCAACAGCUACCAGCUGAACAUCUAUGGCACUCAGGACAGGGACAGUGGAGAGUACCACUGCAUGGCCACGCCCUGGUACCUGUCGUCCUCCACGGGAGCCUGGACCGAAGCCGGAGAGCUGACGUCUGGACGAGUCUUCAUCUCUGUCAAGUUUGCUGUGUGGGACUCCCUAAAGUUUCCUCUCCUGUACGGUGCAGCAGCUUCACUGGGCGUCGGGCUCUUCUCGGUGCUCCUGGGUCUCCUGUGCGCCCACUGCUGCUGCCGUAACACGACACACACUCCCCGCUCGCACAACAAGCUGAUGAACUUUGAGAUGGACUGACACACACUUUCCCCUGCGUCCACACACUGCAGCGCCCACAGGAAGCACCACACAAACAGCAGACACACGCCCGUCGACGACUUCUGGGACACCCAGCUGUUCGCCGACGACGGGCGUUGGGAGUAACUGGACUCGGACUCCCGAUCGACCGCUCACAGUGCUUUUCAACGGUGCUCAGGACAUUUCAGCUCUGCAGUGGGGGUGCAGGGGUCUUUCACACUCACCCAUGGAGUUAAAGCCUUUCAGACUUCUGUUUCUGGGAGAAAUCCGCGGCGCUUCUAGUGAUCUUUCCUUUGUUUGGACUUCAAGUUGAUGAGAAACUCUUUGAGACGUCACUGCCCGCUGGGAGUAACGGACCUCCAAACGGAUCAGCUGCCUCCCUAACUAGGAAUAACAAAUGAAGCUGGACCUCUCGUCCUCUCUGUAACCAAGGCUCGGUGCAAAGUGCAACCUCUCUGAGUCUGGUGGUAAUUGGGUCCUCCAGCACAUCCGUGGUUGGGGGUCAAGCGCCGUCUGACACCCUGACGUGUCUUUGGUCUGGUCCUGGCUCUGUGCUCUUCCCGUUGGGUUCUCGUUUUGCACAAACCCGACGAAACCACCUUUAUUCAAGUCUAGUUUUUACAGAAUUAAGAGACUUUAAAAUGUGACAUUUUCAGUUUUACGAUGAGAUGUGCAGUGUGUGUGUUUGUGUGUGAGCUAUCCUGUGUGCGGCUGCCCGACCCAUUUAUCCAGCCGCUGGUGUUUGCCUGCGUCUCGUGUUUCGUACGCCGUGUGGGUGUUGUGAGACUAAAGGGUUGCAUGUACGGAUUUAAAACGACACUAUGAUGUCACUCAUGAGCAGACGUGUUUCAGGGUGGAAGGAGAAGCUUCUUUGGUUGUUUUUUAGAAUCAUGCAUGUUUGUCAGAUCCGUUUGCGGAGCCUAGCUCACUGUUGGGGAACACUUGUGACUUGUUUUAGACUCGCUCCGCUCUAAACCCAGCAUCUCUCUGGGCUGCACCUCACAAACGCCCCAAUGCCGGAGUUUCUACGGAGCCCUUCCCUGCUUGGGUCGGGAAUCGCCAACAUGUGGAUGAAACGUGGACAUUUUUGAUUUUUGUGACUGAACAGCAACACAUUUGUCGAAUUCAUUGUUGUUUUCUGCCAAAUUUACAUGUUUUGAAUCCGUUUUUCUUCGACCUCCAACAAGCUGCAGCCCCGUAAGAUUCUGCACACAAAGUUCUUUUCCUCAGCGGCGCCGCUGCGAGCUUGGCACAGAUUUCCCACAAGCCAAACCUUCCUGUCCCUGCAACCAUCUGAUGUGAUCAUGUGACUGUUGAACCAUGGGUUAGGGUUUGACACGCUGCUCUGACCUUUAUGGUGUCAGACUUCAACCCCAGAAAUGAACAAAGCUGCUUUUCUCCUGGUUUUUUACACUUUUUAAAAACUUUUUUCAGCGUUAGGAUUCAUGCCACGGAGCAUCUACAGGGUUCUGGGACCUUCACGCAAUAAAAAUCAUCCUGGAGAGUUUGUAUUGAAAUCCCAGUAAAACAGCUCAGAUUAUAGUCUGGUUUAGUUUAAAACGCUUUUAGUGAAGCUUAAAAAGUUCAUUUUUAUUCUGUUUCUCUCAAGAACAUCUGACAUGAAUCCAGUAGGCUCCGUUGGCAUCAAAAAAUUCAUUUUUGACAUUUCUUUACAUCUGAAUCUGCAUUAAUCAGCUGGGUCACAUUUCAACCCGUGCCAUCCGCUGGGGCUUUUAUUUUGUUAACGAAUGACCUUGUCGUGCUGUGUGACAUGUUAACGCAGUUAUGUUGAAACCCAGCAGGAUGCAGCUUGUUUGCUGUGAUUUUUAAGCCACUGUUUAACAGCAAUAAUCAGCUUAUUUCCAGGUUAUCGCUCAAGCUGACCCGGACCAUGAAACUGGUUCUAGAGAACCAGAACGACUUGGAAAUGGUGGAAAGAACCUGUCUGAUCUAAUGAAUCUGUCUGUAGCUUCCAGAGUCCGUAUGUUCAGAGGAGUCGAUCCCGGCAGGAAAAGAGUUUAGUGCCAAACGACAACGUAGCUCAGAAAGACGCCGUGAACGCGUCCCAACAUGGCUACUCUGAUGUUUUUAUUUUGUUUCUACAGUUGAUAUGAUGAAUUAUGAGCAUUUUUUUUUUAAUAAAUAGAUUUUAAACACA